GGUGUUGGUGGUGUCUCAGUGGUGGUGUACCUUUUGUGGUGGUGGUCUAUGUCCCUCUCUCUCUCUCUCUCUCUUCUCUCUCUCUCUCUUAAUCCCUCUUCUCUAUCUUCCUCUUCCUCUUCUCCACUAUUUAUGGUGUUGUGGUGACCAUCUGCCAGCUGGUGACUGACAAAUAAUCAAGGACAAUGACCAACGUCGCCUCUAAACUGAUCAAGGACACUUCUAGGAUUCUCAAUGUCAGUGAAGCUACAAUAACUAGAGGAGGAAUGUCACUAGUUGUGGCUGUUUAUGUCUAUAAAAUUAUAUAUCCUAAGAUCAGGGAGCUGGUGAGGAGUCCAGCUGGUGAGGCAGCCAAAAAUAAGGUCACUUACAAAGGUCAAAAAGGCCCGGCCGUGAAUCGUGAAUUUUUGGUCCAGUUGAAGAAGUUGUUAAAGGUUAUAAUCCCAGGGAUGUGGUCAAGGUCAGCCUUGAUCCUGCUCUUACACACUAUUACACUUAUCACUCGUACUUUCCUCUCCAUAUAUGUGGCCCAGCUGGAGGGACGUGUGGUCAAGUACAUUGUACGUAAGGACGUGGUCAGGUUCGCCUUAAUGAUGACUAAAUGGAUCGCCAUAGCUGUGCCAGCAACUCUAGUUAACUCUCUAAUCCGCUUCCUGGAGUGCCACUUGGCACUCACCUUCCGUAGUCGUCUCACACGUUACUCAUAUGACUUAUAUUUCAAGAAUCAGUGUUAUUACCGUGUGUCAAACCUGGAUGGCAGACUGGAGAACUCUGAUCACUGUCUGACAGAGGACAUAGCAGCCUUCACAUCUAGUGUAGCUCAUCUUUAUUCUCAUAUUACUAAACCACUACUUGACUCACUGCUAAUUACUGUCUCUCUGGCCUCCCUGGCCAGGUCACGUGGUGGUGCCAGCUUGCCUGGUCCAGUGUUAGGUGGCCUGGUUGUGGCUAUCACUGGCCGCAUUUUGCGAAAGGUUUCCCCAAAAUUUGGGGCUCUGGUGUCAGAGGAAGCACAUCGGAAAGGUUACCUGCGAGCCAUUCACUCUCGGAUUAUUACCAAUGCUGAGGAAAUUGCCUUCUAUGGUGGACAUAAGGUGGAGCGUACUAUCCUACAGCAGGCAUAUGACUCACUGGUGCAGCAGAUGGGGGUGAUCUUCAACAAACGCUUGUGGUAUAUUAUGCUGGAGCAGUUCCUCAUGAAGUAUGUUUGGUCAGGUGCUGGCAUGGUCAUGGUCUCCAUACCACUCCUCACCUCAACCAUAAAUGAAAGUGGAGAAACUGAUGGUGGGGUGUCUGACCGCACUCAGUACUUCACCACUGCCAAAAACAUGCUGGUUUCUGGAGCUGAUGCUGUUGAGCGUCUCUUAACUUCAUAUAAAGAGAUUGUGGAGCUGGCUGGUUACACUGCAAGAGUGGGCAAUAUGCUUGAAGUUUUCAAAGAUGUGCAGAAGGGCAAAUAUAAGCGACCUGCAGUAAUGACUGAAGGAGAGAAGGAGCCAGAACGUGAGAGAUCAUCUCUCCUCGCUUUCUAUAAUGGGAUGCCGGUUAUUAAUGGUGUGGUUUCAGAGAGUACCGAUGGAACUAUAAUCUUAGACAAUGUUCCUGUGGUGACUCCCAACUGCGACGUGGUGGUACCAUCCCUUACCAUCACUGUCACACCACAAAUGCAUCUCCUCAUCACAGGUCCAAAUGGGUGUGGAAAAAGUUCUUUGUUCCGCAUCUUGAGCGGUCUGUGGCCAGUGUACAGUGGAUACCUCCAUAAACCUCCAGUUUCUCACAUGUUUUACAUCCCUCAGAGACCGUACAUGUCAGUGGGGACACUACGUGACCAAGUGACAUAUCCAGACUCGCAUGAGGAUAUGAAGAAGAAGGGUAUAACUGAUGAUGACCUGGUAACCAUCUUAGGCAUUGUAAACCUCCAGAAUAUAGUGAUACGAGAAGGAGGAUGGGAUGCCAUUCAGGAUUGGAAGGAUGUCUUAUCUGGGGGAGAGAAGCAGCGGAUGGGCAUGGCCAGACUCUUCUACCAUAAACCACAGUACGCCUUGCUGGACGAGUGCACUAGUGCAGUGAGCAUCGAUGUAGAGGGUCAGAUGUACCAGGCAGUCAAGGACCAAGGCAUCACCCUCCUCACCAUCACACAUCGACCCACUCUAUGGAAAUUUCACACACAUGUGCUGCAGUUUGAUGGGGAAGGCAGCUGGAAAUUUGAUCGUCUUGACACUGACAAACGUCUUGGACUAAAAGAAGAAAAACAGCAUUUGGAAUCUCUCUUGUCUGAUAUACCCAGCAAGAUGGAGAGAUUAAAGGAACUGUGCAGCAUCCUAGGAGAGGACUCCCUGCUGGUUGAGGACACAGCCUUGCCUGAUCUGGCCAGUGACACAGCACUCUCAGACUGAGCUCACCAACUGCAUGCAAUAUACACUGCACAAUCUUUGGUAAACAGACGGAAUCCUACAGAAAUUUGCCAUGUGAUAAUGGUUGAGAGUGAGAUGGACCUGAUUGUCAUGGGCCAGUUGGCCAUGCACAGUGCUCCUCUUUUCUUAUGUUCACCGUCAUCAUUUUGAUUGAAGUAUGUAUUGCCAUCUGUGUUGGGACACUGGAGGCUCUUUACCUCUAGUCAUAUGUCUUCUACCACAUUAAAUAUGAAUGCUCCUUGUAAUGUCCUGGAGCAAUGGCAUUUUAAUUGUAAAUUUAAGUGAUCACAAAAAAUAUUUUACUUUACAACCAUUAGUUCCUGAGUUGUUUUUCAACUUGUUUUAGUAAAUUAGCAAUGCUAAAUUUUGACUUUAAGGUUAUUGAAAUACUAUACAGUAUUGUGUUAUUUUUAACAUGACAAGAGUACAAUCAAGGAUAGUUCCUUGUAUAAAUAUUUUGAGGCCAGUUAUCAGACUAAAGAGUUAGAUAUAUGGUGUCCCUGCUUUGUGCAAAAUAUUCACUUGUACACAAUUUUUCUUUUCCUCAGUGGCCAUCACUGCUCAUGUUUGAAAUAUUAGAUUGACUUUAUAGUUUUACUUGUAUGAGAAAUAAGCUCAUUUAACUUUCAUUAACUUUGCUGUAUUUGUUUACAUUUAUGAUUUGCAUUUGAACUUUUCUCAUAUGCAGACUCCUCACGCCUAUUAUUUUUUAUCGUUACUGUGUGAGUUGGACCUGACUAGUUUGUGCUACUAGGUCUCAUGCCAUGCUCCUUCCUUAAGUGGAAGUGACCUGACUAGGUGGGUCAUGGGGCUAAGCCCCUCCGGAGGGUAAGAUGGACCUGCUUCACAUAGGUCAGUAGGCCUGCUGCAGUGUUUCUUCUUUCUUAUGUUUAAUGUCAGUUAUUUCCAGAGCAUAUUACCAUAACUCAUAUCCAAAGUACGUACUAUUUUGUUAAGUGAAAACAACCUUAUCAUUUCUUGGUUUAUUCUGUUUGUGCUUUAUUAUUUUUAUUACUUGACAUAUUGUUCUAGUGUCCGAAUGUUAGUUCAGUCUUGUAUGCAUUAUGUCACAAACAAGAGUGGAUUAUAAGAGAAUAUUUUGAAUGGGUACAUGUGGACAGUGUUUCCAAAGCUAGAAUUAAGUUUUAAUACCAAUAGAUAUAUACUAUAUAUAUGCUGUACAUAUAUGCUCUAUAUAUAAGCUUAAAGACUUUUAAAAUUUUAUACACUUUUUAGUUAUAAUUAAGCUAAGUGAAUGAAAUUUACUGUUUAUAUCAUUUUGUUUGUAGAGUGAAGGAGCACCUGUUCUUUGUCUUCAUUUUUUUAAAGGAAUGAUAGUGGAGUGAGUAUUGUUUACCUGGAGAGAGUUCCGGGGGUCAACACCCCCGCGGCCCGGUCUGUGACCAGGCCUCCUUAGGUCAGUGUCCCAGGAUGCGACCCACACCAGUCGACUCACACCCAAGUACCCAUUUUACUGAUGGGGAACAUAGACAACAGGUGGAAAGAAACACGUCCAAUGUUUCUACUCUGGCUGGGAAUCGAACCCAGGCCCUCACCGUGUGAAGCGAGAGCGUUAACCACCAGGCCACCAUGAAAGGCAUUCCAUCAGCCCUGAGAUUGACUUUCUAAGUAGGCACUUUUAGCUUCUAGUGUAGUUAAAAGAUAUAACUCCAGAUGCUUGCCAGUUUGUUACAAAAACCCAGCUUGUUUACAUAUCCAGCCAAAAAAUAUACGGGACUCCUCGACUUCCAUAUGCCCUGAGUUAAGAAUCUUCUUCACUGAAUAAUGGGGUGCCUAGGAAUCAGUUAAAGUUUUACAAGCACUUAUCCACAAUUAUUAAUUCAUGGGAAAUGUAACCAUUGUUUAUGUAUUCUUUUCUCUUGAAAUAAUAGGUUCAGUUUGAAUCAAGCAGCUCAUUUGUAAGUUGAAAAAGCAGGGGUAUAACUUGCUCAUAAGUCAGGGAACCCUGGUACUUCCAUUUUUCAUUGAAUCUGUGAUAGUGACUCCAGUCUUGACUUGCAAAUACUAUUCCAGCUCCUGCACUAGAAGUGGAUAUCUUUGUCCUUAGGGGCCCUAGUCAUUACCAAAAAAAAAUGAUAAAGAUUUAUUUAUAAAAAUAUUUGCUUGCCAGUUCUUUUCAGAUUUUUCAGGGGUAGUUUUGUGUGAUGUGUGGCCAGUAUUUGUGCCUGAAGUUAUCUUCAGUGCCCCUGUUCAGGGAACCUCUAUAAGCAGCUUUUUGUUAUUGAUGCUAUCUCAUGCUAGAAUUUAUGGUCUUGUACAUGUUUGUUUUGUUCAGGGAUAAGUAAGUAUUCAUAGGAGAAUUAUAGCAAAGUGUUGAAUUAGUGGUACAGCAUAGCAAUACAUUCUUAUCUUAUUAAUUCAGUUUCCACGUAACCAAAAGCGCUAGAAUAAUGAAAGAGUUUCACUUGCUGUGUGUGUCAGAAAUAUAUAGAAAAUCUAUGGAUAGUUUGAUGUGAAGUGAUACCUCUCACCACAUGAAGCUGUGGCACAGCAGACACUUCUUGCUCUUAAUUGGCGGAAGGAGGUAACACAUCACUGUGUUUUGUUUCGGUGAGUGAGAAGACACCUCCCAUGCAUUUAUCAUCGCAAAGUAUGGAAGAAGAGUCAAAUGAGGAAAAGUUAGUUGCAAGGACACAAGUGAACAAGGGAAGUAGGUAAGAUAAAGAGAAUGUGUAAACAUUUUGCAUGUAGGUGAUGCCAUGAGCCACCAUUGUAUGUUUACUCCCUUCCAUACACUUGCAAAUAAUGUUGUAGUCAUUAGUUAUACGUGUAAAAGCUCCUCUAAGUUAGAGAAUGGGAAUUGUUGAAUAAAUAUACAGAUUAUUCUUUGCUUCAGUGUAUAAAAUUAUACUGAACUGUAAUGAAUACAGUAACUUUAAAACUGUGAAUUAUUACAUAGCCAAUAUAAGAUUAUUUUGAAUUGUAAGAGACAUAGGUGAUCCAUCUGGAGGAAGAUGGGAAUAAAGACACACUAGCCAAUACAUUGUUUGCCAGUCACUAAUUAGCAAGACAAUGUGUCUACUAUUUUUGCCCACAUUUUGCUAUAUUGUAAUGGAAUACCAGAGCCAUUACCUUACACAUCUUAGGAAUGAAUACAUUAUAUAAGGCAUUUUCUGGUAGUGAGGUUUUAUGAACCAUAGAUAAUAAACAUAAAUGCAUUUCUUAACCAAAGGAAAAGCUCCAGAAUUUCUCUAUAGGAGGAGCUUAGGAAAGGAAUGAUACACAAAUAACCUGCACAUAAAAGAGAGAAGCUUACGACGACGUUUCGGUCCGACUUGGACCGAAAAUGUCGUCGUAAAUGGUCCAAGUCGGACCGAAACGUCGUCGUAAGCUUCUCUCUUUUAUGUGCGGGUUAUUUGUGUAUCGUUCCAGUCACGGUAUUGUGCUUUUUUUUGUUAUUCUUAGGAAAGGAAAUCUGGUUGGAAAGAGAUGCUGCAGGACUUGUCUUGAAGCUACAUUAUUAAUAGUUAUUUUUAUAUGGGGGUUGCUGCCACUGCUUAACCGUUGUUGUGUGGUGCAUUAUACUAGGCAAUACUGCUUUUACUUUUUGGCUUGAAAGAAAACUAAAUAACAGACAACACCUAAUCCUGAUGAAUGUGGAUUAAUGAGGAGUGAAUACAGCGGAACCUCAAAAAUCGAACUGCUCCCAACACAACCGAUUAUGUAAGUGUAUUUUUGUAAGUGCUUUUAUGAGUGUGUUUUUGAGGGUCUGAAAUGGACUAAUCUAAUUUACAUUAUUCCUGAUGGGAAUAAAUUCAUUCGGUAAAGGCACUCAAACAGCCUUCUGGACCGAAGAAAGUUCGAUAUUUGAGGUUCCACUGUAUAUAUUAGGAAUUAUGCAAACCCAUUUUAAGUCUGAUUGCAAAAAUUUAGUCUUUAAGUAAGGGAUGAGAGACUGUACUAUUCUUGUAAUAUUUUUCCAGUAGUUUGGCUAACAAAGAUGGGAAAAUUUCUUUGGGAACUGUAGUUAGAAACAUCACUAUCUUUUAACACUUCUCAGUAUUUCAUAACUAACUCACAAAUUAGAGAAGUAACCAGAUGAUGUUUUGGUCUCUCCUGACUAUUAUCAAAAUAUAAUUCAGAAAAAAAAAAGACAAAUCAAAUGAAGAGAAAUUAGAAUAUAGUCUAGGUCAUAUCAAGUUAAAUGUGUUGUGAUUAGAGCAUUACAGCUGGAAAAGGCAGCCAUCAACAGACACAAAGGUAAGGCUUAAGAUUCACGUGAAGAAUGUUUUGUAUAAGAAUCAUUAGUUGUCAAUUGUUCUAGCCUUGAUAUUGUAACUUUUAUUGUGCUCCUCAUAAUGGUCAAGAAUAAAGAGCCCUUAUAAGAUAAUGCCACCCAAACAAAUAUGAAAGUUGCAGAAUAAAGUAUACUGUGUUGAUACAGUAUCUAAGUCAUAUCAUAACUAAAAUAGUAAUAGACAUAAUGGUGCAUGCAUAUAGUUUAAGAGUAUUGGUGUAAAGUGCAUGAUAGAUUGAAGGUGUGUUUGGCAUAGUGUAUGUGAUGAUACAUGUGUCUUGUGGCACCACCUAUCCUGUUCAUUCCAAUGUUAGUUUCAUACUAUAUGCACUGAAGCCAGUUUCUCUACAUUUGUUAUUUACUUUAGUGAGUAAUUUUUUUUUUAUCACACCAGCCAUCUCCCAAUGAGGUAGGGUGACCUGAAAAAGAAGAAGCACUUUCACCAUCAUUCACUCCAUUACUGUCUUGCCAGAGGCGUGCUAACAUCACAGCUCAAAUGACUUUUCCCUGCUGCUCCUUCAAAGUUCAGGCAUUGUACUACCAACCUCCAGGACUCAAGUCCACUUAAUUGGUUUUCAUCAAUCCCUUUAUAAAUAUUACCUUGUUUACACUCUAACAGUACUUCAUAUCAUAAAAAAAAAAUUUGCUUCCACUCACUUGUAUCAAACACUCAAACAAACCUGUUGAAAAUCAACAUUCACAUUUCAGUUAAUGCUAAAAUACGAAUGAUGAUUGUUACAUUUUCCAAGGUCUUGAAUAUCAGUAAAAUUCAGACUUUUUGCAUGGGAGAAUUGGUCUAGUACUAAAUAUAGAGCAAAACCAUUUAUAAAUUAUAAAGGAGGGAUGAGGAGGUUGCAGUGUGGAGGUCAUCUGAUCUAUGAUGUCAGUACAGUUCUGGCAAGACACUGAGUGAUGGUGAAUGUGUUUCCUCUUUUUGAAGUUUUUUUGUCACCAUACCUUGGUGGGAGACAGUUGGUGUGUCAAGAAAUAAAAAAAAAAUCAUGAAGAGUAUGUCCAAGGAGCAGUAAUGACAACAUAAGAAAUGUAUAAAUAAGGGCUAGCAGUAUCAGUGUGGUGAGUAGGUAAGAAUGUGAUAUAUAUACAGUACACCCCCCUCCCCCCGGUAUCCUCGGGGAAAUACAUACCAAGACCUGCCAUGGAUACCUGAAACUGCAGGUAGUAGUGACCCCAAUAUAUGUUUUUUUCAUUUACAUACGUAACUAUGAUAAAUUACGCACAGUAAGUUGAGAAUUAGCACUUUUUCACUGAUGGGAAGCUUCUCCCAGGCUUUGAAGAACUGCCAGCAAAACUACUUUUGCACUUUGGGGUCAUUAUUAAGCAAUAUUAAGGGUUAUUUUUGGGUCAUGGUAAAUUAUUAUUAUUAUAAUCAAGGGGGAAGCGCUAAACGCGGUGGAUUAUACAGCGCCUGGGGGGAUGUAGAAGGCAUUCAGGCUUAAUUCGGGGAACUGGAGCACAGAUCCAAUUCCCUAAAUCAAGAGCCCCUCACCAACAUCAAGGAACCUUCCUUGAGGGGGAGUCAUGGUAAACCGUGGAUAACUGAAACCGUAGAAACCGGAUACGGGGGUUCUACUGUAUAUUUAGUGAUUAGUGCUCAGACAUAAUGUGGAGUUACAGGUCUUAUUGAGAAGUAUUGUAGGAAGAUACUUAGGGCAGAGCAAGACCUUAUUAUAGACAAUGUUGUGCUCUGGGUAGAGCUUUAUUGGUAAAGCUCUAAGCUGAGGAAUUUUUCAAGGGAGGUACUUCGAUGCUGGUAAAGGGCUCUUGAUCCAAGGAAUUGGAGCUACCCUUUCCUUGAAUCAAAUCUGAUUACUUUUCAUUCUCCAAGAGCUUUAUGACCUGUACUGGCUUAGCAUUCUCCCAGAAUGAAGCAUAGUGUAUGCUGAAGAUUAAUGAUGCAGCAAAUGUCUUUCAAGCAAGCUAAUGCAUAAUAAACUGUAAAUGUGUAGAAUGAUUAUGCUGGUGAGUGUUUCCUUGGACUCAUUUCUCAGUGAGUCACAAGAAGGUAUUGAAAUUAUGCAGUAAAAAGGUACAAAGUGUGGGAAAGUCAAGUCUGGGGGUAGAUUCAGAGUUGGGGGUUCAAAAGAAACAGAAGAUCUCAUCACUGCCACCAGUGUGGGAUCUUGCAUGUUAGUAAUAAUAAUAAUAAUAACCAACAAUGUUAAGUAAAUGAUGGCUUGACCAAGUUCCUGGAGAGUGAAAUCUUGUCACAAUAAGGUGUCACAUUAGUUGCAUCUGUAUCCAUUUAAUUAACAUCUUACAUGUUGUUUUCCCUUAAACCCUCAAGUUUGACUCCCACACUAACACAGUAAUGAUUUAAUUUAUUCUGUGAUUCAUAUUACAUUUUAGCAGUUAUAAAUAUAGUCAAACACUGUUUAAAGUUCACUUAUUAAAUGCUCUUUUGUCAUCAGAGUUUUCAUUUAGGUACUAUACCUUAGUUGAUUUAUCAUAAUUGUUUUUCUCUUUACACUAGUCAAGCUUUUUAUGUGAGCCAACCUUUGCUAAAUUAACAGUUCUUUGUCUAUAGCAGUUUUUUAAAUAAAUUCAUGUACUGUACUGUAUGUGCAAAUGAUUUCUCUACAUGUUAAAAUAAAAUUAGAAAUUGCAUAA